AUGUCUUUCUUUAUCGAAAAUCCCAAUGUAGGGGAUACCAACCAUUUGGAGGACUCGAGAAUUCGAGGAUACAACCCUCUGACACCCCCCAACCUUCUCCAACAUGAGAUCGCUAUGACAGAGGCCUCCAGACAGACGGUCUUGCAAGCCCGUCAGGAGGCUAGCGCAGUCGUUCAUGGCACUGAUACCGACAAGCGCCGUUUGCUGGUCGUGGUGGGACCCUGCUCGAUUCACGAUCCCGACAUGGCCCUUGAAUACUGUGACCGUCUCUUAAAACUGAAGGAGAAAUACAAGGACGAGCUUUUGAUUGUCAUGCGUGCCUACCUGGAGAAGCCCCGUACCACCGUUGGCUGGAAGGGUCUCAUCAACGACCCCGAUAUCGACAAUAGCUUCAAGAUUAACAAGGGUCUGCGCACCUCUCGGCAACUUUUCGUCGACCUGACCAACAAGGGCAUGCCCAUUGCUAGCGAGAUGCUGGACACUAUCUCCCCGCAGUUCCUGGCUGACUGUCUCUCCGUGGGUGCGGUUGGUGCGCGGACAACCGAGUCCCAGGUCCACCGUGAGCUGGCUUCUGGUCUUUCCUUCCCUGUUGGAUUCAAGAACGGCACCGAUGGCUCUUUGGAUGUUGCAGUGGAUGCUAUUGGCUCGGUCAAGCACCCCCAUCACUUCCUCUCCGUCACCAAGCCCGGUGUUGUCUCCAUCGUCGGCACCGUGGGUAACCCCGACUGCUUCGUCAUCCUCCGUGGUGGCAAGAAGGGCCCCAACUACGAUGCUCAGAGCAUCGCCGAGGCCAAGGCCAAGCUUUCUGCGCAGGGCAUGGAGCCCCGUCUCAUGGUGGACUGCAGCCACGGUAACUCGCAGAAGAACCAUAAGAACCAGCCCAAGGUGGCUGCUGUACUCGCGGAGCAGAUCGCUGCGGGUGAGACCGCGAUCAUGGGGGUCAUGAUUGAGAGUAACAUCAACGAGGGUAACCAGAAGGUUCCUCCUGAGGGUAAGGCCGGCCUCAAGUACGGUGUCAGUAUCACCGAUGCUUGUAUCCACUGGGAGGACACAGAAGCUGUGCUUGAGAACCUUGCCCAGGCCGUUCGUACUCGGAAAGAGAAGCUGGCGGUCAAUGGCGCUUCCAACUAG